AUGGCGACUCCAAGGCUCCCGUUUCUCUACCCGAGCUUGAUGCGCGCCGUGCGGUCCUGUGAACCACGUACAUAUCGCUCCCUACGCUUUUCAUACUCCACUCAUCAAUUCCAUACAAGUCGGCGAUGGGAUCGCGACGCAUACCAGAAACGCUAUGGCCCAGCUGUCGAGCCGCAUACUCCUUCAUCGUCGCAACCCAAAAAGGACACAUCGGAUGAAGUUCCAGACGAGACUCCGGCUGGGGAUGAAGCUCUGAAUGCCUCGGAGCAGGGGGAAGUUUCGCCGGAAGAGUCACAUUCGGACUCGACGCUCCAGGCAAACAAGGAAGAUGCCGCGCCCACUAAAAAGAGUGACUCUUCCUCCACUCCGGCUUUAGAUGGACAAGAGGUGGUGGAAACGCAGAAAGACAACCCUCCGACAGAUCGAGAGGCGCAUGAAGAGUUCGGAAAAGGUGUGGAUAAUUCCAAGAAGGAAGAGGCUUCAGCUUCUUCAACAAGUUCUUCCGAAGAUUUCUCCGAAGAGAAGACAGACUCCUCUUCGUUGAAUGAACGGACGCCAUUCGAUGAUGUGCUCCAUAUGCCCUCCCCGUCUGUCUACCUCACCCCACCCGGGGAACCGUUCUCUUCAUCCGACGAUCGUCCGCCGCAUCUAUCUCCAGCACCGUAUGUGCACCACUUUGAUACAUACUCUCUGGUUCAGGAUCUCUCCAAGGGGGGAUUCAGCCAUCAACACUCCACUACGAUCAUGAAGGCGGUGCGGGCAAUUCUACAGAAUAACCUUGAUAUGGCCAGGGAGAGCCUGACAUCUAAAUCCGACGUCGAAAACGAGGAGUACUUGUUCAAAGCGGCUUGCUCAGAAUUGCAAUCAUCACUUCAGACCGCUCGUAACUCGGAAAUCCAGCGACAGCGCUCAUCGCGCACACAAUUGCAGCAUGAUACUGAUAUCGUCACGCAGCGUGUUGGCCAAGAGAUCGCGGGUAUGAAAGAUGAUAUCAAAGGCAUGUUUAAUGAUCACAAGAUGAUCACCCGUGAGCAGCAGCGCAAUAUCGACACGUCUGUUCAAGAACUAAACUACAAAAUUACCGUGUCCCUGAAUAGUGAUGGGAAAAGUGAGAUUGAAGGCCUUCGGUGGAUUUUGACAAGACGAGCGGCUCUCACAAUUGCAAUCUGUGCGUUCAUGAUCAUCGUUUUCCUGAAAUACGCAUCCACUCGCAAGGUCCCUGAGCCCAAGAAAACCCAAGAGGCUGAAAAGCCUGUCGUCGUCAAAGAUGCCGUUACACAAACCCCCAAGGCUCUCGACGGUAAUCUCAAGGCCAAAGUUCCCGUCACUGAAACUCACCAUGGUGAAUCACUUGGUUAA